AUGGGUGGAGGCUUCAUGUUCACCGGCAAACCCAUCUCCUCCGCCACAAGGCCGCCGUUCAUCGGCGCCGUCAGAAACUUUCACACCGGAGUCUCACCGCCGGCGGCUGACGGUGGCGGAACCCCACAAAUCUCCCAUGAUAACGGCGAUGGCAGUUUUGGGUCGGCCCCAACUCGGGCUGAAGUUGAUCGGGCCAUUAUUGAUCUCCAUAGGCUCAUGCAAGGCCUUCAAACCUCUGGACCUGAGCCCAAUGGGCUUCACAGCCUCAGCCCAACCAAUGGCUAUGAGCCCCAUAUGCUGCAAUCUCCUGGAUUUGCUAAAUUUCAUGAUGUUUACUCUAUGAUGCAAAAAGAACCAUCUUUUCAGUCCAUGGUGGUAUCAAUUUCAUGUGAUAAAGGUGUUUGGGAAGCCAUCUUGGGCAAUAAAGCAGUUCAGGAUCUCAAAGGCUCUAUCCCAAUAGCAGGUAACGGGGAGAAGCGACCGAGCUGCAUUGUUGAGGAACAGGACAUUGCAAUGCUCGUCUUGAAAUGGAUCAUGGGCUUCACAAAAUCGAGGGUUUUGGAGCUUGUCGAGAAAUUCGGAUUGCUCGUGAGCGAUAUAUUCCGACCGGCCCCAAAGGAGAAACCUACUUCCGAACUAACCGAUCUUGUGGAAGAGAAAGUUCGGUCGUCGUUGCUACUCUCUGUGGUCAUCCUUUUAAUCAUUGUAGUUACCCGGAACCAGGGCUAG